AGGCUGUCAUGUCUUUGCCACAGGGGCGCAAGGCAGUGGCAGCCUGAUCCCGAAUGGCUGAAGCAGUACGAGGGUGCAGUGAUGUACCCGACAGAAAUUACUGCCAAGUGGAAACCACCCCCCUGGAACGACAAGGAUCCCCCCCGAGACCGGAAGGUGACCAACUUUGUCAUCAACUUCGGCCCCCAGCACCCGGCAGCCCACGGGGUCCUAGUCUCUCCUACCAAUGGAAACAUCUUUCCAACGUCCACUCUGUCCAGGCCAUUCAGUAUUCUGGAUUACGGAGGUGGUCAUUUGCCAUGCACCUGCAUUGGUGUGAGCAUUGCUUCAUUAUCAAAUAACCUUGACAUUCUCUUGCCUGUCUUCCUCGCUCCACUCUCUUUCGCCUCCGACCAGGCCCUUCCCUACUUUGAUCGUCUGGAUUACGUCUCCAUGAUGUGCAACGAGCAGUGCUAUUCCCUGGCUGUGGAGAAGCUGCUGAACAUCCGGCCGCCAAUCCGUGCCCAAUGGAUCCGAGUCCUUUUCGGUGAGCUCACCCGAGUUUUAAAUCACAUCAUGGCCGUCACCACCCACGCGCUGGAUAUUGGUGCCAUGACCCCCUUCUUCUGGAUGUUCGAGGAGCGGGAGAAGAUGUUUGAGUUUUACGAGAGAGUUUCCGGAGCUCGGAUGCACGCUGCCUAUGUCAGACCCGGUGGGGUUCACCAGGACCUACCUCUGGGUUUAAUGGACGACAUCUACGAGUUCAUCAAGAAUUUCUCCAUCCGUAUCGAUGAGGUUGAGGAGGUGAGUGUCACUGAAGGCGUCCCCAGAGCGGGGAGGCUGUGGGAGUCACUCGGGUUCAGGCACUGGGAUGUGGCUGGUUUGAACGGAAACUGUUCCAAAUGUCAGCGACACACUAACGGGGAGCUGGGAUUUGCAAGGGGGAGUGGCUCGGAGGGUAAGGGCAGCGGGAGGUUUAUUUUGUGCCCUGAGUUCUCUGUCACUGUCAGGUACCUGUGCCGAGUGGAAGAGAUGAGACAGAGCCUGCGGAUCAUCCUGCAGUGUUUGAACAAGAUGCCCGAGGGUGAGAUCAAGGUGGAUGACGCGAAGGUUUCCCCACCAAAACGGAGUGAAAUGAAGACCUCGAUGGAGUCUCUAAUUCACCACUUCAAGUUGUACACCGAGGGAUACCAGGUGCCUCCCGGAGCGACGUACACCGCCAUUGAGGCUCCCAAGGGGGAGUUUGGAGUUUACUUGGUUUCAGAUGGAAGCAGUCGCCCAUAUCGAUGCAAGAUUAAAGCACCAGGCUUCGCUCAUUUGGCUGGACUGGACCGGAUGGCUGAUGGGCACAUGCUGGCUGACGUUGUAGCGAUAAUCGGUACCCAAGACAUUGUAUUUGGUGAAGUGGACCGAUAGCCCAUCGCUGAGUGAGUUUUUGGUGGACCGCACUUGCUCACCAUCCCCCUGUGAGGGUGUUGACGCUGCAGAGAACUCUGCACUUACCUGAAUCCCAUUGGCACAUGCCUGUAUCUGUCUGUGUGUGUGUGUGUGUGUCUCUCCAGUUCAGCUGUUAACAACAGUUAGUAAUAAAAGGUGAGUCUCCUGACCCACGCAUCUUUAUUCCAAAA